AUGCCGGCCGAGGUGAUCAGCCUGCUGUCGAGUCCCUCACUGGGGCCAUCGUCAGCCCAGCCCGCGUUGCCGCAAUCUCGACCACCGCCGCGGGCUAUUGCGAUUGCUGCAGAAGUCGUAACCUACGAUGAAGACAUCUUGGACCUAACAACAGAUUUUUCGGAGUUAGCUCCUGAACCAGCGGAGGGAGUUGUGGCUCAAGCCAAGAAAACGAGGCCGACUUACUCCCCAGAGAGUGUUUUGGGAACGAAACGACCUAGAGAAGAGCAGGCAACUGUUAAUGCGCCCGUUUAUUUCAUGUCGGAUGACUUCGAUACGACAAUUGAUCUCGAUAGUAGUUUACCUACAAAUGAUGAUGUGGAAAGAGAUUUGCCCGGGAGCAAAAGGCCUUGUCUGUUGCCUUCUGAUAUCCGCUCAGUCGAACCGUCGCAUUCUACUACGGAUCAAACCAACCGACCGCCCCUCAAGCUAUCGGGAGGGUUGCGGCGUGCCCAGGUACUGAACGAUCCGAUCGAGUUCUCUAGUUCGCCUCGGUUCUCGCCGAAGCUAGUGCAGGCCACGGCGAGCAAUAAGGUUUCUCAAAAUAUUGAAUUAGACGAUCCAUUUGCCUCCUCUCCUCCUUCUGCGCAGCCUCAACCGAAGAGGCAGAGCCCUCCAAAGGUCACAUCUCGGCCUGCUCCUACCGUAACUCGUCGGAUAGACUAUGGCUUGGACUCGGACGAUUUCCUUGAUGCCUCACUUCAACCUGUUCCAAAACCUAUAUCCAAGCCCUGUACAAUCACACUUGACGACACUGAUGACGAUGACGACCCCUUCGCGAUUCCACCGAUCCGAGCGCCUGCUGGGGCGAGAAGACCACCAUCUCUGAAGGUUACAACUGCACCACUGGAGAAGGGCAAACAGAGGGCAGAAUCACCCAAGAGAAGGUCGAAUUGGGACCCUAUCUCGAGCUCUGCUCCAGAAAGACAGCUACCCAGUGACCCAUUUUCCCCUCCACCGCCGCGGAGGGCUUUUACAAAGUCUGUUAGUGAGGUGAUUGACUUGAGUGAUGAGGAACCAGUAUCUCACAAUCUCGAUCUGGCCUCGGACGAAGCUUUCCCGGAUCUCGACCACUUUGACGCCACAAGAUUGAAAACGCGAAUUGAGACCAAGAAAACGAGUCACAGAGUCUCUUCAACAACCAGCAAACCCACAUCUGCCCGAGCUACGAACAAGAAGUCGGCGGACGAUCGAGCGAAAGAUAAAGAAGUAAAAGCUGCAGAGCGAGACCAGGAAAAGGAGCGCAAAAAGCAAGAGAAGGAGGCGGCGAAGGAGCAAAAAGCCAGAGAAAAAGAACGUGCUGCUGCUCUUGCAGAAGUCAACAAAGUGAGAACGGACAAGAAAAUCUCAACACCAGAGAUGAUUACGGAUAUUUCGUCGAGUCUGCCCGCUGCAGUGACGCUGCAAAUACAGACCCUGCUAAAAGAUCUGAGCGUUCAGCAUUAUGUGUGGGAAAGCCCGGUUGACAAUGUUAUCAAGUGGAGGAGAAAGGUUGCGAGCCGCUUCAAUGACGAGCUCGGGCUCUGGGAGCCGAUACCAAUGCGAAUUGAACCUGAGAAGUUCGCUCUUGUUAUCGUUACUGCUUCAGAGUUUGUGGCUUGUGCUCUGGGGCCCGAAGGAAACGAUUUGGAAGCACAUGUUCUGAAGAUAAAGCGUCAUUUCCCAACUGAGCAGCUCAUCUAUCUCAUUGAGGGCUUGAAUCCGUGGAUGCGGAAAAAUCGCAACGUCCGUAACCGACAAUUCGUCUCUGCUGUGCGAAACCAGAGUGCGGAGCCCGCGGAAGCUGCUUCGGCAGGUGCUCAAUCCCGACGGCGCAGAAACCAGCAGCAGCAGCAGGAGUACAUUGACGAAGACUCGGUUGAAGAUGCGCUGCUAGAGCUACAGGUGAUGCACAACGUGCUCAUUCACCACACUAACGCGGCUGUUGAGACGGCGCAGUGGGUUGCUAUUUUCACCCAACACAUUUCAACGGUUCCAUAUCGUAAACAGCGCGAGGCGGCCAACGCAGCCGGCGCUGGUUUUUGCAUGGAGACAGGACAGGUGCGCACUGGAGAGGAUGUCAAGGAUACCUACGUCCGGAUGCUACAGGAAAUUGUACGGAUCACGGCUCCCAUCGCUUACGGCAUCGCCGCCGAGUUUGAGACGGUACCGAAACUGGUGAAAGGGCUAGAAGAAGGUGGUCCACUCGUUUUAGAGAACCUGCGGAAGAGUACCAACAAAGACGGUGGCUUCUCUGAACGGGCAAUUGGGAAGGCUGUCAGCAAGAGGGUCUACAAGGUUUUUACCGGUCAAGAUGAAUGGAGUACGGACGUGUAG